AUGACGCGCGCGCCGGGCCUCUUGGCGCCCCUGCUGGGGCUGGGGCUGGGGCUGAGCCCGCCCGGGGCGGGGGCCGCGGACUGCGGGUCCCUCGGCGGCGCAGAGCGCCUGGCGUUCGCCCCGGCGGCCAAGGUCCAUUGGCUGGCCCCUCGCGUCCGCCCGCUGGGGGCCCUGAGCCCCCUGUACGGCACGGUGCGCCGCUUCCUCUCCGUGGUGCAGCUCAACCCCUUCCCCGCCGAGCUGGUAAAGACCUUGCUGAAUGAGCCGGCCUCCGUGAAGGUGGAUGAGGUGGUGCGGUAUGAGGCUGGCUACGUGGUGUGUGCUGUGAUCGCCGGCCUCUACCUGCUGGUGGUGUCCAUCGCCGGGCUGUGUUUCUGUUGCUGCCGUUGCCGCCGGCGCUGCGGGGGCCGAGUGAAGACCGAGCACAAGGCCGUCGCCUGGGAGCGAGGCACCCUCGCGGCCUUCCUGCUGCUGACCACCCUCGUGCUACUGAUUGGUGUGGUCUGUGCCUUUGUCACCAACCAGCACAUGCAUGAGCAGGUGGGCCCCAGUGUUGAGGCCGUGCCUGAGAUUCUGCUCAGCCUCCGGGGCCUGGUCUCCGAUGUCCCCCAGGAGCUGCAGGCCGUGGCACAGCAGUUCUCCCUUCCUCAGAAGCGAGUCUUGGAGGAACUGGAUGGUGUCGGCAUGAGCAUUGGGAGCACCAUCCACACCCAGCUCAAGAGCACCGUGUAUGAAGCGCUGGCCUCAGUGAGCAGCCUAGGCCAGGCCCUGCAGGUCUCUGUGGAUCACCUGCAAGCCCUGAACACCACGUUGGUGGAGCUGCGGAAAGGACAGCAGGACCUGGAGCCGGCCAUCCGGGAGCACCGCGCGCGCCUCCUCGCCCUGCUGCAGGAGCCCGGCUGCCGGCGCUGCACCGAGGCCCAGAGCCGAGCCCGUGCCCUGGAGCUGGGAGCUGACUUCCACCAGGUAUCCACUGUGGACGACGUCCUGCAUCGGCUGAAGGGUGUCCCAGAGGCCACCUUCUCCAGCAUGGUCCAGGAGGAGAACAGCACCUUCAAUGCCCUCCCGCUCCUGGUGGCAUUGCAGACGGCCAACGUGGUCAAAGAGCUGAAGAAGCUGGUGGCCCAGAAGCCUGAAGGGCUGAACACACUGGCCGAAGAGUUCCCAGGCUGGGAGGCAGCCUCUCGCUGGAGCCGGGCGCUGAAGGAGGUGGAACAGAGUAGCCGCCCCUACCUGAAGGAGGUGCAGAGAUACGAGAAAUACAGGUGGAUUUUGGGCUGCGUAUUGUGCUCCGCAGUCCUGCUUGUGGUGGUCUGUAACCUGUUGGGCCUCAACCUGGGCAUCUGGGGACUGUCUGCCAGGGAGGACCCCAGCUGCUCGGAAGCCAAGGGCGAGGCUGGGGCCCGCUUCCUCCUGAUAGGUGUGGGCUUCAGCUUCUUCUUCGCCGCACCCCUCAUCCUCCUUGUAUUUGCCACCUUCCUGGUGGGCGGCAAUGUGCAGACUCUGGUGUGUCAGAGCUGGGAGAGCAAGGAGCUCUACAAGUUUGCAGACACCCCAGGGAACUUGCCCCCAUCCAUGAACUUGUCUCACCUUCUUGGCCUGAAGAAGAACAUCAGCAUCCUCCUGGCCUAUCAGCAAUGCAGGGAAGGGGCCGCGCUCUGGAACAUCCUGCAGCUCAAUGGCUCCUAUGACCUGGAGAAGCACCUGAAUAUCAGCCAGUACACUGCCAAGCUGCAGCAGGAGUUGCAGAACCUCAAAGUAGACAUGAAGAAUCUGGACCUGCUGAGCCCAGCCGCCCACCGGGACCUGGAAGCCCUGCAGAGCAGUGGGCUUGAGAAAAUCCACUAUUCCGGCUUCCUUGUUCAGAUCCAGAAGCCCGUGGUGAACACCAGCAUGGAGAAGCUGGCCCAGGAGCUGGAAGAAUUGUCCCAGGCCCAAGGCAGUUCUGUGCUGGGGCAGCAGCUGCAGGAGGAGGCCCAAGGGCUCAAAAACCUCUAUCAGGAGAAGAUCCUCCCCCAGCAGAGCCUUGUGGCCAAGCUCAACCUCUCUGUCAGGGCCCUGGCAUCCUCAGCCCCAAAUCUCCAGUUGGAGACCUCUGGUGUCUUGGACAAGGUCGCUUACCUAAAAGGAGAGCUGCCUACCUGGGCCACCAGUAUCUUGAGGAAUGAAAGUGAGUGUUUCCUGACCCGGGAGGUGGGUUACUUCUCCCAGUAUGUGGCCUGGGUAAAAGAGGAGGUGACUCAGCGCAUUGCCACCUGCCAACCUCUCUCCAGAGCCCUGGACAAUGGCCGUGUGGUCCUGUGUGACAUGAUGGCCAACCCCUGGAACGCCUUCUGGUUCUGCCUGGCAUGGUGCACCUUCUUCCUGAUCCCCAGCAUCAUCUUUGCUGUCAAGACCUCCAAAUACUUUCAUCCCAUUUGGAAACGCCUCAGUUCCACCAGCUCUGAGGAGACUCAGCUCUUCCACAUCCCCCGGGUCACCUCCCUGAAGUUGUAGGACCUCAGUGGGGGUAUUUGCUGGCUGCAAGGUGAUGCCUGGGGCUGCCUGCCUUCCUCCUCCUCUGAUUUGCCCUGGACCAGAGGACUUCUGUUGCCCUUGCUCAGAGCCCAGACUGGCAUCAGGCCUGGAUUGUCCUUCAACUCCAAUUACCUGACCCCAUUUUGCCUAUUUCUUCCCCCCCCUUGUUGCCCAUGAACCCCUUUU